GGUUGGUAGCGAUCGGAUCGCAUCCACUGCGCUCCUCAUGCGGUCCAUUCAAAGUUUGUUUUGAGAGUGGUACUUAUGCGAUCAGACUAGCACAGGUGCUCGACAUGCCGAGAAGAAAACAGAACUACCCGAAACGAUUGAAAUGCACGUCUCAAGACGGUACCGGCAGUCAACAACAAACAUCUGAGUCAGGGGGAGACGACUCUGAGCUGACUUCAGAUGAAGAAGGUGAGGAGGAUGAACCCAUGAAUAGUCCUGACAGCAACAACCAAGCCGCAACUGAGUCGCGAGAUUCAGACGCUGAUCAUCCUCCCCCACCGAGCACCUCUGAUCCUACUGAGGAGUGCAGUAACUCUCCAACCAGCAUGACACAUGCUGACACCCAGCGAAAAGAGAAAAUGGAUGUCCCUAGUUCCGAUCUUGUUCGCCCAACCAAACACUCCAAGAGUCCCACAUCAUCCCCUUCUGUGAUUGUGUCCACAGCAGCAUUUGUGUCAAAGACUGAAAAUAACCAUUAUUCACAAACUAAUAAGAGCAUGACAAAAUCCUUUCUCCAAGCUUCCAGUUUUUCUGAUAUCCUGGAUCAGGACACUGAUCAACCUCUUGAUCUUUCGAAAAAGGCAAACAAGGAGAAAGCGAAAGUGAAGCGAGCUGUGUCAAAUGGCCAUUCAAAUUUCUCUCCUUCAGUUUUCCCUUCGAGUCUGCAAAGUCUCCAGCAGAGAUUUGGAGGAGAUUUUCCAAUAGAACCUCCUCGUCGCCCGAGCAACAGUAUCCCACUCCAGUCCACCAUGAUCCAAGGAAAGCCUUUGCUUCGUUCACCACUGGUCAUUCCUUCCCCGAACCACGCCAGAACCUCUCCAACACUGGACAGCCAUAAACCACGACCAUCGCCCAAACUCGAGAAGGUUGCAAAUGUCGGAGGGUCUCCAGCCAAAAAGAUGAACCGUCUGAGUUCAACUGAAGCCGAACUUGACGAGAAGAGUAACAAGUACACAAUGCACAAAUGUUCUUGCCAGAAAAACUUUACUACUCUCUACUCUCUGAGUGUGCACCUCCAGGAAACAGGCCACGUCCCAGGACAAGCAAAGGCAACAAAUCUCAUGGAUUACCCCAAGUUAGUCCGCGGUCAGGACAUGUGGCUGAACCAGGAAUCCGAGCAGACGCGGAGGAUUCUGCGGUGCAUGCAGUGUGGGGAGUCCUUCAAGUCUUUGCCUAUGCUAACUGUUCAUAUGAUGCAGACGCAGCACUAUACGAAGAUUGUCAGCUCAGAUCAUGGACGCAGAUCUCACAAAUGUUCAGCUUAUUGUGAAAAAGAACUUGAUCGAGAAUGCAUAUUUAAGUGUAAGGUGUGUCAUGAGCCUUUCACUGACAUGGAAGGACUCUGUAAUCAUAUGAUUAUGUCUGGUCAUCACAAAAAACAGGUGUUAAGAACUCAGAAUUAUCCCGACCUGGGUAUGCGUUCUCGGCGAAAGCGAUACUACAGUGAGGAAAGUAGUGCAUGUGGAACACCCACAGUUGCAUCUCUGCUGGAGUAUAAAAGGAAGUGCAUAUCCCAUGGCUCAAAUGGCUUCAGCCCUAUUUCUGAGUCUUCAGGUUUUGGCAUAGAAAGCGCAAUAUCAUGUGAAAACUGUGGACAUAAAAUUGAAAUGCAUAAUUUCGUUGAGCAUGUUCGAUUAUGCCUGCGACAGAAAUCAAAUGUCAUAGGGGCACUCAAACAAAAACUGACAAUGGAUGACAGUUUGCGGCAUCGUCGGGACAGUUCCUCAUCUGUGUCCUCCCCUAAACAUUUUGAUGAGGCUAAGAAACACUCAAGAGUUGCCUCCCCCUCUAAGAACUCUCCAUCACCACCUUCUUCUCCUUGCUCUAGCAGUCCAACUGUCCAUGAAACUGAAAUGGAGGACAAACCACAAAAACUUAAUCAACCAAAAGAACAUCAAAACGUGGACGAUGUUAAUUCAAAUAAAUUGAACUUUAAUGAUGGAACUGACUGCAUGAAUUACAGUGUGUCAGAAUCCUCUGACUUUCCCCUUGAUAUUGAAAUAAAAAAGGAAGUUGAUGCUCCAAGUCCAGACCCAGCUGAGUCUGCACUCUCUCCAUGUUCCGUCAAACAAGAGAGGAGUCUUUCAGUUUCACCUGCCAAGGAGCUGAAUGCUUCUUCCUGUCUACAAGAUCGAUCUGAAGCAUGCUCACCACAAAAGAAUGAUGAAAAUCGUUCUGAAUCCCGGGUAAGCCUUGACAUUAUUGAUCCUAAUAUUGAAACCAAUGGCCGAGGGGAUUCUGCCUUAAAGGCAAUGGAGUCCUUCAUUCAGAGAAGCUUCAGUUCCAAGUUUGACCACCAUCGAAGCAACAUGGUCCAUAUGAUGAACCCACUCAACAAAUCAACUCUACAUCUGCCUGGAACAGCUCAAACAGAGGCUGACUCAGCUUUUAAUUAUUUUGGAAAGCUGAGGAAGUUUUUCAAUUCAUUUCAACCUUUUGACAGUGAGGUAGCUCCAAAGAAAACUCCCCUGGCUGCAGGGGCAGUGGCCCAUCCUGAGAAAUCCACAAAAGACUCUGACAAGAAAACUGCUCAGACAGAGAGGCUGACAGCUCAUCCUGCUUCAGCCUCAGAUACCAAAGAUGCAGAGAAGCGAAAGACGAGUACGCCAAAGUCUGAAAUGAGUAAUGACGAUGCCAAAUCACCAGCCAAAGAAAGCCAAUCUGAUGAACCCUCCGAGCCCCUUGUGAACAAAUACCUCAAUGUAGAUGAAGGGCAACCGACACCUAAACAAGGCUCUGCGCUUGAUUCUCUAAGCAGCUUUGUGUACGGGCAACCGAUGACCAGUGAGCACCCUCUGGACAGCCUUCAGAGGCUGCUGACAAAGACGGACAUUCCCAAGAUGCUUCAGCAGCAGAUGGAUCCAAUCUCGUGUCGACAUCUCAUGUCUCCCUCAGAAAUGAUGGCAGUCCCAUUAAAUCUUUCACUGAAACAUUCAAAGUCUGAUGAUGAGGAUGACUACCAUCUGGAUGAGCAAGCCGAGGAACUGGCAAGUCUUCGGGACAGUGGGAGCCCAUUGAUAGGUUGUGAUGGCGAGCUGCUGGAGUAUAAAUGUGCAGCUUGCAGCAGACAGUUCGCAUCUAAAGGCUCUUAUCGUUAUCACCUGAGCCGGUGCCAUCUGUCAAGUGUCAAGAAGUAUGGCAUCAAAGAGGCCUUCAAUAUGAGUCCAUACGUUUACCUACCUCUUGAUCACACUGCCAAGUUUACUAAGUAUUAUGAAAUGGCACAUGAGCUUGCGAAUAAGGGGAAGUAAUUUGCACAAAGAUUAUGGAUGUUUCCCAAGUAGUGAACAAUCAUAAAAAGUACAAAAUGUUUCUGAAAAAGAUUCUAAUAAUUAUAACUUUGCUACUUAACAAAAAUGCUGCCCUUACCAGUUACUUUGAAUUAUUCACUGUGCUACAUGUUCUUUUCUAAAGAUGUCUUCAUGAUAGGUCGUAAUAGAAAUGUAAUGCUAUUUUCAUUCUCAACUUCUUCAUUUGGAAAAAUUAAAAACUCGCUCUAUUUCAUGAACCACAAUAGUUGUCUAAAACAACAUCCAUACUGUCUGCAUGAGUUGUCUUGCACAACACAUGCCAGUUUGAAAAACAAAACAAAAUGCAUACAAUAUUUUUUAGCUAUCUCAUUUUUGGAAUAAUGGUUACAAAUUAUGAUGGAGUGAGCUUCUGUAAGUAACUCUUACUAAGCCAUGUCAGUUGAACUUGAUAAACCAGGGCUCGAUUUGUUACUUGCACUGGUGCAACCCAAUAUUACAAAGUGCAACCUACUUAUUAGUCUGACUUGCACCUGGUGUUUUGAGUGGGUAUGCUUCUGAAUGCGACAUCUAAAUAAUUGCAUCUACAAUGUUACAUUGCAAUAAAAGCAGUGCAACUGGAAUUUGGCUGUUGCAACUAGGUUUUUAUCUUAGGUUGCACCUGGUGCAAGUAGGUUAACAUCUCUUAAAUCGAGCCCUGUAAACUAACCUGUUUGUUGUUUGAUAUCAAGUCAGUUGGGCAAUGCUAGAUCAUUUGCAGAGACCAGUUUAAGAGUUAGCUCGAUUUAGAAGGUUUUCAUUGCUUGGGAAACAUUUGACUAAUUUUUAGAAUGGUUUCUUUGUUCACAGGGGGAUAUGCUACUGAAAUUAUGUCAUAAUGUGUGAUGUCCGUAGGUGUAGAAAAGGGAGGUUACUGGCGUAUGGUGGACGUUAUUGAAGCUCAUUGCUUGUCUGAGGUUCAACCAGGUGAUGUUGUGCUUCGAUUUGGAGCAGCCUGCCAAUAUGUUCAUAAUAUCAUGACCACGUGAUGUGACUUCUACCAAAUAUUGCAUUUUAUCUUGUCCAAACGGCAUUUAUCUGAUAUUUUCUUUUUUAUCUCAACAUCUGUUCAUGUGCUCUUGCAUUUCAAGUGCUGUAAUGCUUUAUAUAUAUAUAUGUAUAUCCACAACUACCAUAUCAGUUUUGAUUUUUGACAUUACAUAUGCAAUUUUGUGAUUGAGACGUGACCUUUGAUUUAUAGAUAUUGAUUUUAGACAUCAUUGUAAAUAUCAAGACAAUUGGAUGUGACUUUUAUUUCAUUAAGCUGAAAACAUCUUUAAUGCACAAAUUUCAUAAUUCUGAAUUUGCAUAAUACUUAUAUGCAUAAAAUAUUUUCCUCUGAGGAAGAAAGUAAUGGAACUGAAGAUACAGAAAUAUGUAAUCUUGCCAUUGUGUUGGUUUUGUGUGCUUUUACAUGAUGUUCCGUUUCUGCUUGUAGUGCUGUCAAAAUCAUUUCCUAUGAUAAUUGUACAAUUUAUGUGAGUUAUUGUUUUGAAUAUGUUUCAAGAGCAGCUGUCCGUCAUAGAUCUUACUGACUUUACUUAAGCAAAUAAUUUCUGUUACUUAAAUUAAGAAUCCAACAUAGUAUGUCUGUGAUCAAAAUAAUGAUUUUAGAUUUGGUAAUUUCAUCAGUGGAGCAAACAAUUUUAAUUCCAAAUGUGAUUGUAAUUUUUAUCUUUAAAAAAACAUUGACAUAAUCUUUAAAAAUAAACAAAUAUUGCAUAAUAUUACUUUUGUCUGAUUUAGGCUAUAGCUGAAAUAUUGUUCCGCAUAAAAAAACAUUUUUUGAAAAUGGAAAAUCCUUGGGAAGUUUGUAAAUGGUGGAGACAAAUCUCACUUAAAAACUAGAAAUGAUCUACAUAUCAACGAAUCUCUUUUCGCCAAAUCGAGGCAGUUAUUUUACUUGAACGACACUGUACUGACUCAGAUUCAAAGGUUUUUGCUAAGAUGAUUCUUUUUGAUAUUUCAAGAUGUCAAGAAAAUGUAUUAAAUUCUCCUGAUUCGUAUACUGAUGUUAGCUAAGGUCUGAAUAUUCAUCUUUGGAUUCUGGGCAAUAGUGAGUGAUUUCUGUCUUUUAAAUGUCCAUUCAGUAAUUGAAGAUCAUAAUGAAAUGAAUUCAUUAAUCUAAAUCUGCAGCUAUUUGUCAAGUUAAACAGUUUUGGUGUUAUGUUAAUUUCAUUUAUAAACCUGAGUUCAGUUGUGCCACUCAAGGUUCAUAGCAAGUAAACAAACAAGGUUUGGGUUUUUCAGAAGUACUUACAACUAGUGACUUCAGCGAAACUUCUAACUUUGUGAAUUCUUUUUGAAUAUGUCAGACUACAUAUUUUGGUUCAUGGAAUGACUAAAAUCAAACGAUCAGCUCCCUGUCAAAAAUCUGUCAUAGUUUUGACAGAAAUAUGAUACCUAACCAUGGUCUGUUCUAUCACAAUACAUCUUCCUCCGUCAACACUCCAGGCUUGUUGGACUUGAUGCCAUAUCUAUUGGCCACUGGCCACUCGGAAUGAUUAGAAUAAUAUCAGCAUAUUAUUUCUCGGCUAACAAUUUGUGAAAUAUCAUCAUAUUUACUGUAGCUAAUACAUUGUUUUCUCAAAAUGGGUUUCAAAUUGUGUUUCCCACCAUGUACCACAGUUUGAAUCACAUGGUCUGUACCACAGUGUGUAUACCACAGUGUGUGCAUUAUGUAGUGUGUACCACAAUGUGUGUGUAUCACAGUGUGUGUGUAUCACAGUGUGUACCAGUUUUACCACUGUGUAUAUCACAUGGUGUGUACAACACCAUCACAUAAUGUGUACCAGUCUAUCUGACACAAAAACAAAAGCAAAAUAUUUUUAAUCAAAUGUUUUUCUGUUUCGGAAAAUGUCUUAAACCCUAUCAAAUUAGUAUCUGAAUUACAAGUUCUCAAAUCCUGCUAUUGUGUCUCGUGGCCAAUAAAUGGCGGAGAUGGAAUAACCCUGGAUACAGGAAGAUGGAACCCAUUGUGUACAGAACCAUUUCCUUGCUUACUGAACCAUAUCAAAUAUACCAAAGCUGUUCUACAUCUUUCUUUUUAAUUUGUAUGCAUGUUUUAUUUUCUUUGACCACAUUAUACUGUUUGUGAUAAUUUUCAUCUUGGUGCAAGCUUGCAAACAUUCUAUGAAAUCCCAAGGCUCUUAUGAGCAUUUUCAUUUGUGUCAAUCAAAUGUACUGUAAAUACAUAUGCAAUGAACAUGUUGAAUCAAAGUGAUUCUAAUGUGGAUGGGCUUUAAAUUAUGUAUAUAUGGUUACAUUUUUUAAGUGUUUGAAAUCCGUUGAUUCAAGGUUUAUUCAAGUUUAUGAUGUAGAUAAUUAUAGAAUCAGUUUGACAAUCUGUCAAAUCACUUUCAGAUGAUGUUUAACUGACAACUUGUUUUUUAUUAUGUAAAUAGGUAAACAGCUUUAAACGAUAAACAGUAUGUGAGUUUUACAAAUUAUCGAUAAUGUGACAAUGUGAAGCAAUUUAAUUCCCUUUUUAUGUAGGAAUUGGAGUAAGUUUACUGAUUUUAAAGCUGAUUUGACCAAGUGCUGUUUGUCUGUUGUAUGGAAACUGUUUGUGUUUUGAAACUAUUUACCCACCAACUCUUCAUGUUUCGAAUGAACCUUAUACGACUCUAUGUUGUGCCCCAAAGGGGAUGUUCGACUUGGCCUGUAGCAAUGUUACAUAUGUGCUUUAACUUGUGUCUUGCAGUCACUCAGAUGUCUGAUGGUGUAUAUUUCAUAUAGUCAUCAAAAUACUGCUCAUAUUUUCUUGUUGAAAUAUUAUUUUAUCUUCUAAAAAUGCCCAAAUUGAUUGUUGCUUUUUCUGUUUUAUAAGUUUCUGUCAAUAAGAUAAAAUUUCCUAACCUCAUCAAAUUCAAUUAUCUUUAUGUUACAUUUUUAUGAUUUCAUAUUUUCAUUUGGCAAAAUUAUUAACAAGUAAAAUGAGUGAGUGAGUUUAGUUUUACUCCGCUUUAAGCAAUAUUCCAGCUAUAUCACGGCGGGAGACACCAGAAAUGGGCUUCACAUAUUCUACCCAUGUUAACAAGUAAAAGUAGGAAUAGGAAGGUGAUUAACUAUCAGUAUCAAAAGAAUCAUGAGUUCUUGAACUUGUUCCGAGCAGUAUGUUACAAUCGAAGUAGAAAAGUUGAAGUUUUGUUCAUUUAACAAAGACUAUGACACAGUUAGUUUCACAAAUGAUUUGUCCAGGUAAGUUCCCCAAUGACUGUAAGAACUAUAUACUUGAGAAUGAUAGGAGCAGGCACUGAGAACACACUGCCUUAAUAAUGAAUGGCUCCUUGUACUGAACUGUCUUCAAAAAGUGCAAAUUCAGUAUUUCAACUGAAGGUAUGUAGAAUACUUUGUGUAAGAUGAGGCCAUUUUAUUUUGUACUGGUUGGUUUACAAAAUGUUUGACUAAAAUGCAAUGUAUGUCAAAAAUGAAGUUUUAUCUUGACAAAACAUCAAGUGUAGUGUUAGUAGUCAGCAGAAUGACGUUACUUACAGCAUUUCUGUUUGGUAUGACAUUAGUUCUCUCAUUUUUGUUCAUACCAACACAGAUAUGCAGCUGAAGAGCACUGAUGAAGGUGUCAAUGAGUUAUUUUUAAUUGUCAGCUUUAAAAGAAGUUCCAGGAGUUGUCAGGUGAGGGCAUUGUGCGAAAUAGUUUCCAAAUUUUGCCACCAAGUCGAGCUAGCUAUGCCUGAAUAUUACUAGCCCACAAAAUAAUUCACUAGCCCGAAAUUUGAACGUAGAAACUAAGCAAAAAUUACAAAAAGAGAUGAGAAUAAGAUAUAGUCGGCAUCACACAGGUUUUGUCAUUAAGCUUCUAAUAUGGUGACCAUUUUUAUCAGGCCAUAAUCUUGCAUGAUUUAAAAGUGUGUUACAACUUAACAAGUCAGAGAGAGUGAUAUAUUUACGAAAUGACCCCAUGAAAAUUUACUAGCCAGUUGGGCCAGUGACUAUUGAAAUUUACUGGCCUGACUUGAUUUUUACUCGCCACGGGCCAGUGGCUAUUUCGCACACUGGGUGAGGGGCUUGUCAAUCAAACAGCUAAUAAUUAUAUCAUCAAAUAUAUUUUUAAAAAAAAUAAUUUAACUUUAUUUUCUUCAUCAGUUUUGUAAACCAACUAUUUCAAAUUUAAAAGGCUAAAGUUAUCUACAAAAAUACGAAAUAUGUUCUUCUUUAUCUUAGCAUUCCCACCCAUUUCACUUAAAACUUCAAUGCUCAUGCUGUUGAUCACUGGAUUGUCUGGUCCAGACUGGAUUAUUUACAAACUGCCACCCUAUAGCUGGAAUAUUGCUGAGUGCAGCGUUAACCUACAAACAAUCAAUAAAUCAACCUUGCCACCCUCAGAGUAUUAUGGUGUUUCAGCAUCUGUAAAUUUGUCAUGCUUUUAGAAAUAAAUAAACAAUGAAAAUGCCCCUUCCUCUCUGUUCAGGAAAAAAAGAAAAAUGAUAAUUCAAUUAUUAAUAUAGGCCAAAGAGUCUUUAAAUCAUUGUAUUCAAGGCUGCAGAGACUGGCAUUUCACUACACAAGCUAAUUUAGAAAUAUAUACCUGCUAUCUGAUAAUGAAUAUGAAGAAUAAUGAAAUCAAAACUUGUUUUAGUUAUGUCAGAAUAUCAAAUAGCCCGAUUGUAGCUAGCCUAGACUUCCUAAAUAACAACACAUUCCCAGAUACCAGUAUUAUCAGAAGUGCUAUGAAAUGUACAUAAUUGAACCAUUUUUGUUUUAUUGAUUUAUUGUGUUCUAUGUUAUUGAUCAGUUGUUGACAUUGUGUAAUUGAUGCUUUUUGACAGAGCUGUUAGAACUACUAUUCAUCAGUAUUAAGAUUGACAACCCUGUUUCCGAUCAGCUGAUUACCUUUCAACCUAUUGUUCUUUGGAUCAGUACAACUGAUCAGGACAAAAAUUGGUCAUGUUUCCAUGACGAGGAAUUUGUUGAAGGAAUGAUGCCAUGGAUGAUUAUCAUCAAGAAUAAGAAUAUGUAACAUGAUGCAUAGUAAUGCAUUAUCAUCAUUUAGAGUAAUUAUCAUCAUAAAAAGUCGUAAACAAGGUAUGGAUUACUGAUUAAAAAAUAUAUGAAUACUGAUGCAUUAUCAUGAAUUUUAUUAUUAUUUUUAAUAAUCAUGAGCGUAAAUGCAUUAUUAACAUAAACAAAUAAUGCACCAUGAUGAGUGAUGCAUGAUUGUCAUUAAUAGUUAUGCAUUAUUUUCAUGAAUAAUUUUUUAAGCAUUUAUUGAAGGGUAAUCAAUAUGUAAAAAUCAACUGAACUUGAUCUGUCGUUGUUUAGUUCUAUAACAUUUACGGACAUUGUAAUAAUAAUAUAUCAUUGUCAUGAAACAUUUGCAAAUAUCGUAUCAUGAAUAGUAAUGAAUGAAUAUGUGUAAUAGGAAUCUGAAUAUUUAGAUGACUCACCACCUUUGUGUUCUACUUAAGUUUUCUUCCUUGUAACCAUGUAAUAACAUGUUUAUCAUUGCUACAUAGAUCUGAAGGGAUGACACAGCUUACAUUGCUGACACUCUUUGGGUCACUUUCGGUCAUUAACAAAGAUCUGUUUUAUUGAGAUCUGAAACCCGUGCUAUUAAAGAAAUGUUUUAUCAUUUGCAAUGGUUUGAUUUGUAUAUUCGCCAAAACACCUCUUCAGUCAUGGUACAAAUCUUUAAACAGACUUGCCGGAAGAAUUCAAGAAUUUUGAAAAAAAGAAAUAUGCAGCUUAUAAAACAGACUAGGUGAUUCCUUCUGACAGUGUAUGGAGCUAAUAGGACCAUUACUUACAGUAUUACAUAUAUUUCCCAUACCUGGUGAGUUCUGAGUGACUGUGUCAAAACUCGCAGCAGCUUUAGUCUGGCAUCUUGCCAACCUCUUUCUCUCCACCAAAUUAUCAUGUUAUUCUUUUAUUUCAAAGCAAAUAAAAUAUAUUUAUACCUCAA